UCCAAAGCGAUAACUGAGCCGUUGUUUGGAGAAUACAAUCGCAGAGAUGAGGUUUGCUUUGCUUUGUUUGCCAUUAAUUGGGCUCAUCAUCACCAGUGAAGCCGCCCGGAAAGAUCGAUUUGAUCAGAAAUACCGAGUGGUGUGUUAUUGGGGAGCAUGGUCAUUCUAUAGGCCUGGGGAUGGGAAGUUUGAAGCGGAGAAUACGAACCCUAAUGUCUGCACUCAUCUGAUGUACGGAUUCUCUAAACUAAAUCCCGACAACACUAUCGGUCUCUUCGAUAAGGAUUUAGACACUGGAGAUACCGAUUGGCAAAGUGGUCUCGAGUGGGGACACGGGAUGUAUCGGCGAUGGAAUGACUUACGUAUGGUUAACCCACACGCGACUACUAUGAUAUCCAUUGGGGGGUGGAAUGAGGGGUCAGACAAGUACUCAAAUAUGGUCAGCAAUGCGGCCUCCAGGAAGACAUUUGUCGACUCUGUGGUCAAGUUCCUGCAGGUACAGAAUUUUGACGGUUUGGACCUCGACUGGGAGUACCCGGGUAUGCAAGCAGUGGGAGACGCCGACAGAAAGCCCGGCAAAGACACAGAUAAAGCCAAUUAUAUCGCACUUCUUAAGGAACUUCACGAGGCUUUCAAACCUCACGGCUUUGUAUUAUCGGCCGCUGUGUCCGCGGGAAAGCCCACUAUCGAUAGGGCCUAUGAUGUGAAAUCAAUGAGUACUUACUUGGAUUUCAUUAAUCUGAUGUCAUACGACUUCCACGGGGGGUGGGAGAAUAAGACAGGUCCGUCAUAUGCUCAUAACUCACCCCUUCAUCCCAGACAAGAAGACGUGGAAUUAGACAAAGAGUUUACUAUUGAAUAUGCGGUCGACUAUUGGCUCAAACUAGGAGCUGAUGCCAAGAAACUUGUGUUGGGAAUGCCAUUAUACGGACGCACAUUCACUUUGGCUGAUCCUAAUCAACACGGAAUCGGUGCUAAGGCUGUUGGAAAGGGUGGUGCGGCCGGACCCAUCACUAGACUCAUCGGAACUCUAGGCUAUAAUGAAAUCUGUGGUAUGUUGAAGAGUGGCUAUAAGGUGUAUAGGGAUGACGUCCAGAAGAUCCCGUAUGCCGUGAGUGGAGACCAAUGGAUUGGUUUCGAUGAUGUCCAGAGUAUCACAGAUAAAGUUAACUUUGUUAAGAGGAUUGGGAGGAGGAAUGGUCUUAGGGAUGACGUCCAGAAGAUCCCGUAUGCCGUGAGUGGAGACCAAUGGAUUGGUUUCGAUGAUGUCCAGAGUAUCACAGAUAAAGUUAACUUUGUUAAGAGUAAGGGAUUGGGAGGAGGAAUGGUCUGGUCUAUUGAUACGGAUGACUUCAGAGGUCUGUGCGGACAGGGAAAGUAUCCACUACUCAAGACUAUUAGCAAACUAUUGAACGGAAUUGAUGGAAACCCGGACCCAAUAAUUGUUGAACACCACGUAACUAAAAAGCCAGCACCUGGUUCAACUCCGCAACCGGGUCCCGACCCAACACCCGCUCCAGUGUCACUGCCCACCAAAAAGCCCGGACCUACCCCUCAACCAGGCUCAACC